GUCACAGCGAUUAUAGGCUCCAAAACGCAAGGUGGCAGAGUUGUCGUUUAGCGCCUGAAAUAAAAACAUCCGAUUUACUGUACAGCUAGCUAAUCAUAACACGAUGCUUGAUUUCUCGUGCACUGCGUUACACGAUACCUGAGUGCCUGUUCUGUCUAGUCUAUUCUGACUGGUCAGAGGCUCGAAGAGCUGGAAGAGAUACAAACCUUAAGAGACUGAAGUUAGCGAAGCUGCUGAGGAGUUGGAGUGGACGAGCUGUGUAAACAUGGCAGACGACGUGUUGUUCGAGUUUCUGCACAUGGAGAUAGUGUCCCACGUUUACAAGGAGCAGACGAGCCGAGAAGACACUGAUAAGGACAGAGUAACAUGCGUGUCCAUAUUAGAAGGAAUGGGUUUCAGAGUGGGACAAGGCCUAAUAGAAAGAUGUACAAAAGAUUAUCCCACUUUCAAAGAUGACUUGGACAUCAUGAAGUUCCUCUGUAAGGAUUUCUGGACCAGUAUUUUCAGAAAACAAGUUGAUAACUUGAGGACUAACCACCAGGGAACGUACGUUUUACAGGAUAACAAAUUUGCAUUGUUAACUCAAGUGUCCAGUGGGAAGCAGCACCUUGAAGAAGCUCCUAAAUACUUGGCCUACUCUUGCGGGUUGAUUCGAGGAGCUUUGUGCAACCUGGGCUUGGAAAGUGUGGUGACUGCUGAAGUUUCCUUAAUGCCAUCAUGCAAAUUUCAAGUUGUGAUUCAGAAAAGCUAAAAUGGACUAAAGCACCUGUGGACAACUGCUGGUGUUUACUCUCCAGGUCAAAGUAAUAUGAAUGUAAAUUACAUGGAUCCUGAAUGUUUACAAAACACACAGGGAGUUUUCAGCACAUAUUUUGAUAAAGUUAUGUUUGUAGUGAUUUUUGUGGACAAUGUUACAUACAAGUUUUGUACACAUGCAUAGAGUCACAGAGGUGGGGGUAGAGUAGUAAAAUCUUUACCUAAACAAAAAAUUCAAACAAAAGAAAAAAAUAGCCUUUUCAAAAUUAAAUUAUUAAAAUGAGUUUCAUUUAUAAAAGAAAACAAUAGACAAGAGACAAAUCAAGUUCAGCUUGGCUAUGUAUUUCAUUGUUAAGCAGCAUUCAAAAGAUCCAAAGUGAAGUUUUUCAUUCAUGCUGUUUUUUUCAGCACAUCUUCACUUUACUUUUAUUGUGUCAAGACAGCUCCAUGUUUUGGUCAUUGUUCAAUGUUGAAGUCUAUACUUUAGCCACUUUAUUAGCUAACUGUUAAAAAUAACUUCGUAAUUCUGAGGAAGUUGUGUCUUAGGCUACGUUUACACAGCAGGUAAAAGUGGCCCAAAUCCGGUCUUUUUCUCCGUAUGUAACACAGAUGUAUCAUCUGUGUGGCUGUGUGAACAGCAAAAAACGCAUUGAAUCUGACAUGUUCAAUUCCGAUUUGAGACGCUUUCAUAUGUGGUACUGAAAUCCGAUAUCUAUCCGAUCUGCGGCAAUGCGACUCAGUCUGAACAGCCAGAUCGGAAUUCAUGCGACUCUUACGUCAGUACAACGCGACAUUCGUCAAUAUUUCGCGCUGCUGAGAUUCAUAAAUAUUUAGUCUGAUGUUUCUGUACCAAAACAUUAGAAGAGACUCAUCAAACCGCACCGUCAUCAAACGGCCGAACGCGGCCGGAGGAGACCGAGGCUGCAGCGUCAGAGAACAGUUCAAAGAAUCCGAGGACACGAACCAAAGAAGUGGCCGAAUAACGCCCCCUUUUUUUCGGCGAACUCGAACACACUGUGGGUGAUGAGUCCCGCUGUCAACCACUGGAACUUUAUAAUCGCUCCUGUGAUGCUGGCGAAGACGAAACUGAACUCUCCGGGAGCGACUGGCGUUCGCUGGCCGUCAUGUUUAUCUCUAGCGAGCACGCCACGUGAAGCAUUGUUCUUUUGCGCAUGCAGGUCGGUUUAGGAGCUGAUCUGUUCAGACUGAUGUCGCAUACAGGUCACAUUUAAAAGAUGAUGUGAACAGCCAAACAAAAAAAAUCGGAUUUAGUGAGAAAAUCAGAUUUGGGCCACUUUUACCUGCUGUGUAAACGUAGCCUUAGACAAGACAGUGAGACACUUUACAGUGAUAUGAAAAACGAGUCAACGUCACCAUGUGUUAAAAUAAUGAAAUAUGAAUUUUUCAAAAUAAGCAUCUCUUUUGUCAAAUACGUAUGAUAAAACAGUACUCAUUCCUACGUGUUCAAAAACUGUUGACCGUUUUGAAAACUAAAUAUUGCCAUUAGUCGAAAUAUCACAAGUCAUUUGAGAUGAAGUUACCAUUUACUGUACAUCCUGACUGCCCUUUACUGGCUUACAGAAGCGUACAGUAUGCAAAAAUCAUGGUACAACCUUUGCACAGUGGAAAAUGAAAGUGGUACCGCUCACCAUUUUGGUACACAAUUACUACUCACCUCACCCCUGUAGUCUUCACUGUAUUUCAUACUACCUAAAGCCAAACAUACAGAUGUUCACCAAAUUGUUUAGAAUGCAUUUGUCUACCUCUGUUGCAGAAAAUUAUUAAUGUAGAUUUGGAGGAAAAAUAUAGCUGCCAAAUAGUUCUUAAGUGGUCAUAGAAUUGUAAAUGAAUGAAAGCUUGUCUAUAAUUGACUUUACAGAGCUUUUCAUUCAGAUUUUUCCAGUGUCAUAUGUACUUCUAAAUUUGGUUUGGGUGGUUUCUGUAAGCUAUUGGUUCUUAAGCAAGUCUGUUAACUAUUAUACGAGUAGAACCUUGUGUAAAUUUGUUAGUCUAUUAUUUAUUGUAGUGUUUCUGCCCAGAAUGAGGUCCUUGGUUUUUUUCAAGAAUAUAGAAACUUUGAAAGCAGUGCAACAUGGUUUGCAAGUCAAUCAUUUUUGAUUGUCUGGUACUUCAGCAGAUCCAGUAUACAGUACGGAAUGGAUCUCUUGAAUGUGAUUCUCAGAUCUCUCUGCCAACUAUGGCUGUCAAAACAAUCCCCACACUGCAGUCUGUUAAACAGAAAGUAGGUAAUGUCCUCCAUAUGGUGCUGCAUUAGAAGCCUCAUUUGCAGACAGACCUUUGUUGUGGUUACGAUUGAAGGAAAACAUAAUUCGUCCAUCAUUUCAAAGGCGUUUGUGGUUAAAGUUGAUGAAUGUAAAUCUACUUCAUCUACUUCAUUCAUUCUCUCUGUUGCAAAUGUCUGCUAAACCACAGUCAUGCUAAUUUACCACCAUUACAUUUGUUUAGUUCUGUCACAAUGUUUUGAUAUUUAAAAAAGCAAUUACAAAAAUUGUGCACAAUUAAAUAUAAAAUGGUACCUCAGUGCGAUCCCUUGGCUCAGCACUUUUUCUUUACUGCUACUUGAAGUAAAUAAAUGCUUUCAGACAGAGCUCCAGCUUGUCACACUCUUUAGCUAUUUUAAAGUCUGGGGAAUAUACAAGACCACCUUCAAGGGCCAUAUCUCUCCAUCAGUUUGUCCACGCAAACCUACUGUCACUGUCAGAUCAACUCUUAACUAAAUUUUUUUUUUUCCUAUCUUUCCUUUCUUACAUAAUGUGAAUAUUUGUGAACAUUUCGUGAUCAGUUGUCUACAAAAUGGUCAAAGUUUAUUUCAAAAACAAUCUUGUUACAUUUACUUGCAUUAAAAGUUGUGAUUGCUUUUCUUUCUCCUGUUGUGGAGAUAUGAUGUUUUACUCUCCUAUAUGUUUACACUUUGUACGUGCCCUUACUGGAUUGAGUUCAUUUCUAUUAGUGUGUGUUUGUAAUAGAAACUAGUUGAAUCAUGUGGUUUCAAGCCAUAUUUUUCUUGACCUAUUUCUGUCUCCUUUGGAGGACCUUAGCAAAGAGCUAUGCAAUUUCUAUACAUGAAAUUGACUUUGAAACUGUAUUGUUGAAAAAAAUAAACAUCAGUGCUUUGGGUCUA